AGGCCAGAACUUUCGACGGUGAGCCGGCGACUUGCCUCGUCUCCGACCGACUCCUCCCUCCCCCCUCUUCCGAGUUCCGACUGCGCCAUGGACAGCGCAGCGCCGAACCCCUCCGCUGUGGCCACGGCCGCCGCUGCGGCAGGGAACGGCGUCCAAGCGUCGGGGCCCGGCGGGGAGCGGCCCGAGGACGCGUCGAGGCAGAACCUGGCGCAGGUGACGAGUUCGAUCCAGAAGACGCUGGGCCUGCUCCACCAGCUCAACCUCACCGUCUCCUCCUUCAACUCCGCCUCCCAGCUUCCCCUCCUACAACGCUUGAACGCGCUCGUGGGGGAGCUCGACACGAUGCAGAAGCUCGCCGAGGGGUGCAACAUCCAGGUGCCGAUGGAGGUCGUCAAUUUGAUCGAUAACGGGAAGAACCCCGACGAGUUCACCAAGGACGUGUUCAACAGCUGCAUCGCCAAGAACCAGAUCACCAAGGGCAAGACCGACGCUUUCAAGAGCCUACGGAAGCAUCUUCUUGAGGAGCUUGAACAAACUUUCCCUGAGGAUGUAGACGCAUACAGGGAGAUACGUGCUACUGCUGCCGCUGAGUCAAAGCGGUUGGCUCAGUCCCAGAGUACUUUGCCUAAUGGAGAUGCCAAAGUGAAAGCUGAGCACUGAGAGAAGGAUACAGCUACAAAGGGCAAGUUUGUUACUCCCUCCGGUUUUAAAUAUAUGACGCUCUGACCAAAAUCCGGUCAAACUCUUAAAAUUUUGACCGUCAAUAGCUUCUAAAAUAUUUACUUUGGAGGAAACAUAAAAAUCACACAUGUAGAUUUUUCUUAAAAAAUACUUUUAUAAUAUUAUAUUUUUAGGUUUCCAAAAUAAAUAUUUUAGAAGCUAUUGACGGUCAAAGUUUUAAAAGUUUGAUCGGAUUUUUGGUAAAGCAUCAUAUAUUUAAAACCGGAGGGAGUAUUUCUAUUUAGUUUGGGGAUGGCUUUGUUAAGCAACAUGUAUGACCUUCUGUGCACCCUUCAUAUGAUUGAUUAGUGAAUCUGUACAUAUUAUCAUGACAUGUGUGGCACAAUAUAUUCAACUUACCCAUGCACUGAAA